AUGAUUCCUAGUAAAUAUGUACCCGGGCAAUCGUCCGCGGCUCGAAAAUCGAGACUAGAGGGCAAACCGUCAAUGCUGCCUAAGCCGCGAAGACCGGGCUCAACUGACCGAUUUUCCACAGAGGCUCGCAGGCCUAGCACUGCUGGUCAUCGUUCGAGCAGUGCUGAACCUCCAAGGGCUACUCUUGGCGGUGGACGGUUGAGUAGGGAAGCAUCCGCCACUAAGUUGUCAAUGAAUCCAAGAUCCAGAUCGCAACAGGGUGAUGCAAGGUAUGGUCAACCUGCAACAACUCCAUUACGUUCUAGCCACUACUUCCGAACAACCACCACUCCACAGAGAACACCAUCAGAGGAUCGUGCAAAUCCUAGUUGGCAAACAUCAUUAGAUAGAGCAUUGGCCUUUGUUACUGUCAAAGAUCAAAGGGUGCUGUCAAGUGCGGCCUGGCAGCGCGCUGAGUGGCAGCGCGUGGGCGAAGCCCUAGCGGCGCGCGCGGCGUCUGCCGCCGAAGGGGGAGGGGGCAUGGCGCUCAUCCGGCCCCUCACGAUCGCGCGCUUCGUGGAAAUCACCGGAGCCCUGUUGCAAGCUAUCACCAAUGAUGCCGCCAAGCUCAACACCGAUAACUACCUUACGAAGCUUCCACACUUGUCUAAGCGUCUACUGUACCCCGGUGCUGUUUCCAAGAACUGGCUGCGGACCGUUAACACACUCCACGCGUUCCCGCACGCGUUAGCGCUCAUUGCUUACCUACUGGAUCUCGCCAAUCACAUUCAAACACCAGUAGUUGAUGAAUGGCUCUACAUGAAGAAGGAUGACCUGACCUGUCUCCGACACGAUUACCUGUACAAGUGCUGGAUUAGAUUUCAAGAUCCAGAUCACCAGUUUGAAGACAUUAAUGAGGAGUAUUUGCAGAAUCUUAAGAUGCUACUCGGCAAUAAUGAGGAGAAAAUUGCUGAGCUACAACAGAUUAUAAAGAAGUACGAGGCGUGCCUGGAGGACGAGGCGGAGCUGGCAGCGCGUGCCGAAGCGCAGCGGCGCGCUGAGCGGCGGGACGCGCUGGCCGCGGCGCUCAGGGCGCAGGUGGCCGAGCGGCUGGCCGACCGCUCGGCGGCCGCCGAGCAGCGGGCCGCCGCGCUCGCCCUGGCCGACGCGCUCAGGCUGCUCGACAUGGAGAUGGAGCGCGCCAAUGCUGAAAAUCAACGUCUGCUCGAGGAAGUGGCACAGCAGCCGUUGUCAAUUAGUGAGAGGACUCGUCUUCUCGAUGAAGUGGACUACGCACUACGAGUGCAUGACUCCAAGCGGGCGUUGGCAGAGCAGAUCGCUAAGAUGGUGCUCAGCAAAGAAACAGAACUGGCUUUGUGGCAGAAGAAGACUCUGGACAGCUGUGUCGAAUAUAAGCAGGGCCUAAUUCACCUGUCUGCCAAAUUUCCAGAGCUAUCUGCAAAUGCAAUAGACGAAAAUGAGCUGAUGAGCGCUGCGUGCUCCGAGAAGGUGUGCGCCAGUAUCGCCGCGCUGCGAGAGGGCGCGGCUGCCCUGGCCAGGCAGAAGGCGCUGCGCACGGCAGAGCGCGCCACCAGACGCCGCCAGAGGGCGCAGUUAAUGGAGGAGACCCAAGCGAAGAUAGCUGAACUAAAGUCCCUCGUGGAGCUAGAGCAGCAAGCGAGGGAGAGCGAGUUGAGCAAGGAGAACGCUGAGGCAGCAGCCUGGAGCGCAGAGAAGCUGGAGAUCGGCAGGCAGGUGGAGGCCCUGCGCACGGCACAGGAGCAUCACGCCAAGGUGGACACCGAGCUUGACUUUUGGGAGAGGCAGAACCUCGCUUGGCAGGAGAAGCUGUCGGCUAUGAGAGAGUACAUUGAGCUGCAAAGAGAAGAAGCCGUACGGGUUCUACAGGCAGCCAAAGAGAAGCGAUACAAAAUACUGAUGGACAGCAUACAGAUAUGGAAUGAGAAACUAGCUCAA